AUGAGCGCCGUAUUGGUUGCCCCGCUGGCCCAGGCGGCCGAUCUCGACAUUGUCGAGGCGCCGAUGGCCGGCGACUUCAGCGGCGCCUAUGUCGCCGCGCGCAUCGCCGGCGCCUUCACGCCGGAUACCAAUUUCAAUCUGACCGUCGUCCCGACCAACAUCGUCAACGAUUAUGACCGCUUGGGCUUUGGCGGCGCGCUCGCCGUCGGUUACGAAUUCGACUGGGGCAGCAAUGUCGCCCUGCGCGGCGAAAUCGAGGGUGGCCUGAUCUCGGCGGAGAUCAAGAGCCACACCCUGGUCGCCAUCGCGACGACGCUCGAUGGCGGUGCCGCGUUCGGCACGACAGAAAUCGUCUACGGCAUGGUCAACGCGGCGGUCGACUAUGAUUUCGGCAACGGGUUCAAGCCGUUCAUCUCAGGCGGCAUCGGCCUUGCAGAGGUCAACUUCAAGAACCAUGGCGUCGGCCUCGCAGCGCCGGUGGGCCCCUUGGGUCCGGGCAAUGUCACAGCGAUGAACGACAAGGAUUCCGGUCUUGCAUGGCAGAUCGGCGGCGGCGUGGGCUAUGAGGUCGACGAGCGGGUCACGCUGGAAGCGGGCUACCGUUACUUCCAGGUCAACGACAUCAGCCUGACGGCGGUCGAUGGCACGGUGACCAACGUCCCGGUCAAGCAGCACCAGGUCAUGCUGGGUGUACGCUACGGGUUCUGA